UUCAUGCAGUCUCAAAGUGUGGGUGCUUCUAGCUAAAUAUCUCAUCCACACAUAUGGGACCUCACAGCUCGUCUGUGUCCUGAAGAAAAAACAUUGUCCCGUACGUUGUGUAGUUUGUCCUGGUAAAAGAAAAGAAAAGGAGUUUCUCUAGUUACUCUCUACAUCCAGGACUCCAAGCCAAAAGUCCAGCUUGAGUUCUCACCAUGUCUAUCGACCCUGCGGCCGAGCUGCCUUUCUUCUAUGGCAGCAUCAGUCGCUCGGACGCCGAGCAGCACCUGAAGCUGGCCGGGAUGGCCGACGGCCUCUUCCUGCUCCGACAGUGUCUCCGCAGCCUGGGAGGCUACGUCCUCUCUGUGGUGUGGAACCUGGAGUUUCACCACUACUCCAUAGAGAAACAGCUGAACGGGACUUACUGCAUCGUAGGGGGCAAGCCUCACUGCGGGCCUGCAGAGCUGUGUGAGUUUUACAGCAAGGACGCUGACGGGCUGGUGUGCACCCUGAAGAAACCCUGUCUGCGCUCCCCGGAUACACAAAUACAGUCCGGUGUGUUCGACAGCCUGAAAGAGAACAUGCUGAGGGAGUAUGUGAGGCAGACCUGGAACCUGGAGGGAGAGGCCAUGGAGCAGGCCAUCAUCAGCCAAGCUCCACAGCUCGAGAAGCUGAUCGCCACCACGGCCCAUGAGAAGAUGCCUUGGUAUCACAAUAAAAUCACCCGCCAGGAAGGUGAGAGGCGGCUUUACUCUGGAGCACAACCAGACGGCAAGUUUCUAGUGAGAGACAGGGAGGAGUCUGGUACUUUUGCUCUCUCCAUGAUGUACGGGAAAACGGUUUACCACUAUCAGAUCCUCCAAGACAAAUCGGGGAAAUUCUCCAUGCCAGAGGGAACAAAGUUUGACACAAUCUGGCAGCUGGUCGAGUACCUGAAGAUGAAACCUGACGGCCUAGUCACUGUCCUUGGGGAGGCGUGCCUUAACGGCAAACCUGAAAAGACACCCAGUCUUCCUGUAGCGAGGCGGCCUAUUGGAAAUGGAUACACACCGCCACCACGAGCUAUUUCAACAGCCUUGCCAGCAGCUGCCUCCUUGCCUCCAAACCGUGAGGUUCUGCCCAUGGACUGCGACGGGUUCAACCCCUACCAUAACCCGAACGAUGUGAAGAGAUUUAAUAUCCAGAGGAGUCAGCUGCUGAUGGACGAGGUGGAGCUCGGCUCUGGGAACUUUGGCUGUGUCAAGAAGGGAGUCCUCAAGACUGAUUCGGGUCAGAUAGAUGUGGCCAUCAAAGUGCUGAAGAAUGAAAAUGAGAAGCUGGUGAAGGAGGAGAUGAUGAGGGAGGCCGAGAUCAUGCACCAGCUCAGCAACCCCUUCAUCGUUCGAAUGCUCGGCCUCUGCAACGCAGAGAAUCUGAUGCUGGUCAUGGAAAUGGCUUCUGCUGGACCUCUCAACAAAUUCCUCACCACCAAAAAGGAUACCAUAACUGUGGAGAACAUCGUCAACCUGAUGCACCAGGUGUCGAUGGGGAUGAAGUAUCUGGAGGAGAAGAACUUUGUGCACAGAGAUUUAGCAGCUCGUAACGUCCUGCUGGUCAACCAACAGUUCGCCAAAAUCAGUGACUUCGGGCUCUCUAAGGCCCUGGGAGCUGAUGACAACUACUACAAGGCUCGCACAGCAGGUAAAUGGCCACUGAAGUGGUACGCUCCAGAAUGUAUAAACUUCCACAAAUUCUCCAGUAAAAGCGACGUGUGGAGUUUUGGUGUCACCAUGUGGGAGGCCUUUUCCUAUGGAGGGAAACCUUAUAAGAAAAUGAAAGGACCGGAGGUGAUUCGCUUCAUUGAAAGUGGGAACCGCAUGGACUGCCCAUCAGUGUGUCCUGAGCGGAUGUAUACACUGAUGAAAGAGUGCUGGACAUACAAGCAUGAGGACCGUCCAGACUUCAAGAAGGUCGAGGAGUCCAUGAGGUUGUACCAUUACUCCAUAUCGAACAAGGCCAAGCCUGAGGGAGACGCAGCCGCCGCUGAGCCUGUCAAGUAGACGGAAACAAGGCACAUUCUGUCCCAGCGCCGCACAAAGCAUCCUUUCAACUGGCCAUUAAACAACCAAAACAAAGAGCUUUUUAUGAACGGUGACCAGCUUCAACUACAGUACUGAUACAGCUACACAGGCCUCAGUGACAAUAAAUGUGCAUUUGUAAAUUGAACUUCAGUUUGUCAGUCAUGUAAGGAGGAUCUCUGUCUGUCUGUCUAUCUGUCUUGGUUUGAAUCUUAAAUGUCAACGUCAUCACAAACUAAUUUUAUAUUCUGGUACUUUGGAGUACAAUGGGAGUAUAUGAUAGAUGUAUGAAUUGUUAUUCAUUGUCUUUUCCUUUUCAUCUGCCACCACACAUAGCAGUGUAUUGUUUCUUUUGCCAAAUAAAGUAGAAAGAAUCUAAUAGAACUGUAAA